AUGUUAACAGGGUCUGGAGCGGCUCUCGUGUGUCUCGGGAGACGCUGCUGUUGUGUGGAGCUUCAGUAUGACGAGCACGCAGAGCAGAGUCUUAUUCAGCAGCCCAGGAGGCAAACGCUGGAUCUGCUCGUGAUGCUCGCCGUGCUGGAUGUCCGAGACGGCGCGCUGCUGAUCGCGGGCGCGGAGGCGACGAAGCGCGGCAGCAUCUUGAGCAAACAGCGCUCCAGCAUCUCCGGGAAGAGGCCGCCGAAGCGCAACGCGUUCUACCGACGCCUGCAGAAUUUCCUCUACAAUGUUCUGGAGAGACCUCGCGGAUGGGCGUUCAUCUACCACGGUUACGUUUUCCUGCUGGUUUUCUCCUGUCUGGUUCUGUCUGUGUUCUCCACGAUCAGAGAAUAUGAGAAGAGCUCAGAAGACGCCCUCUACAUCCUGGAAAUUGUAACCAUUGUGGUUUUCGGAGUGGAAUACAUCGUAAGGAUCUGGUCUGCAGGAUGUUGCUGUCGAUACAGAGGAUGGAGGGGAAGGUUAAAAUUCGCCCGGAAACCUUUUUGUGUUAUCGACAUCAUGGUGCUGAUCGCCUCGAUCUCGGUUUUGGCCGCUGGGACGCAGGGGAAUGUGUUCGCCACCUCUGCCAUCAGGAGUCUCCGGUUCCUCCAGAUUCUACGGAUGAUCCGCAUGGAUCGGCGCGGGGGAACCUGGAAGCUCUUGGGAUCUGUGGUCUACGCUCACAGCAAGGAACUGAUCACCGCUUGGUACAUUGGCUUCCUGUGUCUGAUCCUGGCCUCAUUCCUGGUGUAUCUCGCUGAGAAGGAGGAUAACGAGAUGUUUGAGACCUACGCUGAUGCGCUCUGGUGGGGUCUGAUCACUCUGACCACCAUCGGCUACGGCGAUAAAUAUCCCAUAACCUGGAACGGACGUCUCCUUGCCGCGACCUUCACCCUGAUCGGCGUGUCGUUCUUUGCUCUGCCUGCGGGGAUUCUGGGUUCUGGAUUUGCCUUGAAAGUUCAGGAACAGCAUCGGCAGAAACAUUUCGAGAAGCGCAGAAAUCCAGCUGCCGGCCUAAUUCAGUCAGCAUAUACCUUUUUCUUUCUGUCUUUUUCUCGUCCAGAUUUACAUAAGCAUUGCACAGCAUUUCCUCUUCACACAUCAUCCGUGUGCACAGUCUCUGUGUGUUUUUCCAGACUCAUCCCUCCUCUAAACCAGCUCGAUCUGCUGAGAAACCUCAAGAGCAAAUCCGGCCUCUCCUUUAGGAAGGAAGCCCAACCAGAACCCUCUCUGAGUCAGAAAGUGAGCCUGAAAGAACGCGUGUUCUCCAGCCCGAGAAACUCCGCGAACAAAGGGAAGAACUCUCCUCAGGGCCAGCAGCCCCUGCGAUGCUCUCCCAGCGCCGACAACAGCAUAGAGUACAGUCCCUCCAAAGUACCCAAGAGCAUCAGCUUCGGCGACCGCAGUCGAGCCAGACAGGCCUUCCGCUUCAAAGGCGCCGCGUCUCGCCAGAACUCAGAAGAAGCCAGCCUUCCCGGAGAAGACAUUGUUGAUGACAAUAAGAGCUGCCAUUGUGAGUUUGUCCCUCAGGAUUUAACGCCGGGACUAAAAGUUACCAUCAGGGCCGUGUGCAUCAUGAGGUUCAUGGUGUCCAAGCGAAAGUUUAAAGAGAGUCUGCGGCCGUAUGACGUGAUGGACGUGAUCGAGCAGUAUUCGGCCGGACAUCUGGACAUGUUGGCGCGCAUUAAAAAUCUGCAGUCCAGAGUGGAUCAGAUUGUUGGUCGGGGUCCUUCAGUAACAGACAAGGAUCGUCCUAAAGGAACCACGGAUGCAGAACUGCCAGAAGAUCCCAGUAUGAUGGGACGGCUUGGGAAAGUGGAGAAACAGGUGAUGUCAAUGGAGAGGAAGCUGGAUUUUCUGGUCAACAUCUACAUCCAGCGCAUGGGCAUCCCGCAGUCUGAGACAGAUGCUUACUUCGCCUCUAAGGAGCCGGACCCGGCGCCGCCGUACCACAGUCCGGUGGAGCACAUGGAGAAGAGCGGCUCCAUCACCAAAAUCAUCCGCUCCAACAGCUCAGCAGGCCAGAAGAAUUUUGACCCGCCGCCGUCGACCUGCGUCAACCACCACUGCCCGCCCUCCACAUCUUGGCACCUUCAUAGCCGCCCCGAACCUACGCAAGGAACGUCACCCAUGGGCGACCCGUCGCUAGUGCGCAUCCCGCCGCCUCCGGCCCAUGAGCGCUCAUCCGCCGGCCACAACGGAGGCUCUCGCGGGGCUGGACAGCAUCAUGCGUCGCAACGCGAAGAUGGACGCCCGCUGGCUCUUUCCAAGCAGCAGGCCGGAGCCGAGAGCGACACGUCCAUAUCCAUCCCCUCGGUGGACCACGAGGAACUGGAGCGCUCCUUCAGCGGCUUCAGCAUCUCGCAGUCCAAAGAGAACCUGGACUUCCUCAACAACGCCUACUUCAGCGGUGUGUCGCACUGCACUAAAGUCAGGCCGUACAUCGCAGAGGGCGAGUCGGACACGGACUCCGAUCUGUGCGCCCCGUCGCCCCACUCCGCCACUGGAGACGGUGCCUAUGCGGACAGAGGAUGGUCCGGCCCGAAGUAA